AUGGCUACUGCAAGUACCACCGUACCUUUGAAAAUGCCUGCACCGGCUGUGGCUGCGGCUGCCAGCGGAUCUGGCACUCGCAGAGCUGGGAAAGAGAAUACGAGAUCAUCUAGAAGGAGAUUGGGAAGUACGGGUCCACCGGUCAUUCUCGGUGGCGGUGUAGGUGCUAUUGCCAAAGCAGCUGAAUUAGGUGUGCAGAAUCUUGAUCCAUAUACAACAUUGUACAACAAACCUGCUAUACAUCAACAACCACCACCACCACCACCACCACAGCAGCAGCAACAUUCGCGUUCAGUCUCACCUGCAGCACAUAGACCAUUAUAUUAUCCCAACAAUCCAGCUUAUCCUUCGCCUAAAUCACCGUUAUUCUCCAGUCCGACAUCGACCUUGCAAUCCUCAAGUGGUGGGUCAACAGAGAAAAGUGAUAGUGGAUCGAGUAAUAGCAAACGGAGCAGGUCUCCUGGACCCAAUUCUCAUUCAGCUGUCGCUAUUGCCAGUGCAUCCACGAUUUCACUGUCCACGACGGCUUCGACAUCUUCAAGAACGUUGAAAACCCCUCAUUCAUCAAAGACUGAACAUAACCCAAUCAUAGCUUCCGGUUCUGGCAUACUGGACUCAUCGUCACCAUCACCUGCGGUAUCUACCGCUGCUCAGCGAGCCAAAUCAUUCCAGCACCAGUCGCCCACACCCAAUAGAACACAGGUUCCAGCCACGGCCCAAGGUCCACUACCUCCCACACCCCUCAUAACGGAUAUGAACAAUUUCAGAGGCUCAACGAAACCACUCAACAUACCACCAAAUCGAGGUAGGACACCACCACCUUUGGAGGUGACGGAGAAUCGCCUCAGUCAGAAUUGGGUACAUAUAGAUGAUACAGAUAUCGACACAAAGCCAAAAAGCACUACAGUCAUCGAGGAGAAGCCCGUCAUCCCUGCAAGAAGUAAGACGAGAUUACCGACAGCUAAGAUGGUACCGGUGAAGAAGAUGAGCAGUGAUAUAGCACCAAGCGAAGGUAGACCACCUUUGGAAAGGAAUCAGACGGCACCGCCUCUCUCACCUACUCCACUACCCCAAAAAGGUGGUCGGAAGUCACUAGACCAUUUGAGGAGUAUCAGUCCUUCACCUGCAUCCAGGCAGGCAUCACUCAGUACGCCACCUUCAUCCCUUAUGGAUAACGCUUCGGCCGGUGCUUCAAGUUCUGCAUUCAAAAAGGCAGAGAAACCACCGAUGUUCAGUCGACGAUCCGAAGAGAUGCUUAGAAAGUCCACGGAGGCAGCACCUACUAAGAAAGAGAUUCGAGCCAUGCAGCAGCGGACCUUGGGAGUGGCUAGUACUGCAACUCCAAAUCCACCAGCUGAUAUGGACCGGAAACCAAACGGUAUCUCAUUGAAGAAGAGUUCAGGAGCACUGAAAGCUUUGUUCCAACGUAAGGACAGUGGGAAAGGUAAAGAGAAGGAGCGAAGCGAGACUCCACCUUCGCGACGACGACCAUCCGGAGACGAGCUACGCAGACCGUCGACUGACGAACUUAGAAGACCCUCCAUGGGCUCUCGGCCUACCCCUUCACCGGUUCAACAUCGCGAUUCUCCUGAAUCCCAAAGCAGAGCAUCGUUCUCGGCUGACCGAACGUUGUAUCCCGCUCCUCCACCCAUGUUACGUGCUGCCUCGACUGGUACCUCUCCAUUAUUGAAUGUUGCGGGUCCAUCUAGACCACGAAAUCCAUUUCGUGAAGCUCCUGCACCUCCUCAGACGGUAUCGCCAGUAUCAGCACCUUCCGAACAAUCACCAGAAACUCCUUCAGCCGAGAUGAUCCCUUCAUCGUCCUUGCCCUAUUUGAGCGCUAUGGCCAAUCGAGUAUCCCUAGCUCCACCAGCUGACAUCACACCUGCAUCAAAGAUAGAAGAUCUGACCGCUCAGGCAAAGCGAUCAGAAUCGUCCGCUUCAAUCACCAGGGCAUCUAGCUCCACGCCAAUCGAGAUCUCGCCCAUCAAGCAUUCGAAAUCACUCCAUCUCCUCUCAUUGCCAGAUCUCGAUUUAGACUUUGAUUUUGGAUUCGAAAAGUUCGCAGGACAUCCCAACCUUGCUGGGCCUCCUACGACACCUCGAAGAUCACCCAAAAGUCCCCGUAGUCCGUAUCGAAAGGCGAAAGCUUCACCCAAAGCUUCACCCGCUAGAUCUUAUUCCACCCGAUCACCAAGAGCGGCCCCACUUCCACCUAAAUUACAGAGGACUGCAUCUGAACGAAGAAGGUCACAAAGCUUUGAUGGACCAGCUGGGAGUAUACCUACGCUUGAUGAUUUCUGGAAAUCUUCCUCAGACAUGGGCGUUGCACUCAAUCCAAGCUAUAUCACACCUUCAGUAGCCAAAUUCUUCGCUUCUGCCUCAUCAUCUUCUGCACCCAUGCUCAGUCAAGGAUCACUCUCGCCCGAAAAGCCGUUACCGCCUGCUCCUGUUGUUCCAGAGUACGGUCCCGAUCGAUCACGGUCAAGAUCUAGCUCAUCCAGGAUUUCAUUUUCGGAUCAUGUAAGAACGCCUUCGAAUGCCUCAUCGACAAAUGAGACUCCUUCACCUUCCCCACCCCAUACACCACCUGAAAGGAAUUUGGAUGGAUUAGGAUUUGGUGAUAUCUCACCCGAAGGUACGGUGAUUGCUGAAACUUCAGCAGUUCCAGUUACUAUGGAGACCAAACAAGAACCAGUGGAAGAGAGGAAAUCUGCCCCUGCUGUUCUUAGCAUUGCACCUGACAUUCCGUUACCUCCUGCGCCUGAACCAAUUCUAGCGUCACCGGCAACGAUCGAAUCCGCCAAACCUGAAGAGAAGAAGGAAUUGCAAAAGUCUCGACAGAGAUCAAUGUCAUUGAUGAGCAAAAGUCAAAUUGUCAACCCUGAUCCAAGCUUCAAUAUUCGAAGUCUUGCUAUGGAAGUAGAGAGAUUGCUCUACUCCUUCAGAUAUCCAUCUACUGGUGUAACCUCUGCGGAUCGAGCCACGCUGUUACGGAACGAUCUACUGAAUUUGAUGCUUGAAGUUGAUAAGCGGGCUUAUGAUCCAUCGGAAGAACAGGCUUAUACGAUGCUUCGAGCGGCUUGUUUCGAAUGGGCGGAUGCCCUUUUAUUCGAAUUAAGAGUCGAACAGCCUGCCAAUGAGAGAGGUGCAUGUCUGGAAGGUUUGGCAGCGGUUGUUGAAAGCGCAUGCCUUUCCGAACAAGCUUUGAAGAAUAGCCCAAUUCAUCUAGCGAAGUUCACGCAGAUGAUGAUCAAGUGUAUGACGUUUGUCAUGAGUAAACUUGGGGCUAAAGGUGUUUUCCACAAUACUCUGUUAUUCAGUGGAAGGUUCCUUGCCUUUGCUUUCUUCAGAGUACCUCAUGUGGGUGAACAGCUUGUUACGGUUCUCCAACCGCCGAAAGGAGCUUUGAUGAGAUUUACGAAGAAUAUCAUGAUGGGUGUUCCAGCUUGUCCUGUAAAACCCGGUUACCCUCAACAUCUCCUUCCACUCUGCUUCGACAAUUCCAGAGCCUACAGUGCUCGUCUGGCUGCUUUAUCGCCUGAAUUCCCUACUGAAGAAGAAAGAGAUGCUUUCCUUUUCCAACCUGGGAACUGGUUACGACGAUGGCAAUCUGACGACUCCGAGCUAUUCCCAGCAUUUUACAGAGCCUAUCAUCGACAACUCGCCAUCUACCUUGGCCCGAUCAUACAAUACUACGAAGCUCUCAACCGACCUGUCCCAGCGUCUGAAUUGAUGCGAGCACCAGGAUACGCUCAUCUAGCCACUAUUUUUGCCAAAAAGUGCCAUUCAUAUAUCCUUGGAUCGGUCAAUGCGGUUACCACCUCGUCAUCGUCGACGAAUUUCGAGGCUACCGAAACUGCCGGGUUUCGAGGUAGUCAGAAACCACCUGUAUUGGAGACUGCGAAUAGAAGAUUGGUUGAAACCAUAUCGACUUUCGCGAAUCUUAGAGUGAUGAUACCUGAUUUCUCGACCAAGAAAGGUAGAAUGAUCGAAUGUGAUGGUACUCAGCUAUGGACAGACAUCAUUGAUGUAUGGACCAAGAACUUGAUCUCGAAGACCUCCCUCUAUGCUCCCAAAGGUGUCUUCUCGUUGUUCGAUAUGUUAGAUGGUAUCGUUGAUCCACCCUUUGAAACUACCGCUUCUGGGAUCGGAUUUGGUAACAACAAUAACGGCGUAGUCGAUAUUCAACAACAACCGAUUUACUCUUUGUUGGAUAUUCCCCAUCUGAUCUACGUGGUCAAGUUGAUCUUGACUGAAGGUGAACAUGCCUUGACUUUGGUCAAAGCUAUUGCAUUUGUCUUUACGCACUGGGAAGUACUUACUGCCAGAGCUGAAGAUAGAAAAGAGCUUUGUCUGGAAUUGUUAUUGCAGAAAGAUCUGUUUGAGAGAUUGUUGUUGUUCUGGUCGCAAUCUGUCAGAAGUUAUAUCCUUAGAUUGGUGGUCUUCCGCUUAGGUCACAUUCACACGAAGAAAGAGGAUAGUUCAGGACAUUUAGUAGAGAUCGAAUCAGUCAAGUUACUUCAAACCCGACUUGAUCGAAUCAAACGACGACAUGAUGAGCUUGAACCUAAACCUUAUGGCUUGGAUGAGGAGACAAAGGAAGAGCAAUUCGUGCCUACCACACCGGUAUCUGAAUAUGGCUUCAACGGGAUCCCAAGAAGCAAAUCUACGAUCACAAUGGUCGCUGAAUCUCCCAAAUAUAUGGCACCUGUCAACAAGGCUGAGAAGCUGUUGGGCUUGGGACUUGGUAUCGAUGGUCAAUCUGAAUCUCAUGGUAAAAUCCAAAACCAAGUUGAACAAGGUAAUGAUGUUACCGGUGGACCUGGAUCAUCAGGAAAAAUUGGUAAAGCUACCAACUGGUUGAAGAAGUCCUUCGGAACGAAAAAGAAGAGAAAGGAUUCAUCAUCUCCAUCACCACCUUCCAACACUGUAUCACCUAUGCUAGGCGAGAGUGAUGCUUCUUCCUCGUCUCCUUCCGCUUCGCCCAACAUCGGUACUGGUCAAUUCAAACCUUCGCCUAGGAUACCAGAGAUUCACACCAAACCGCCUUCAGCACCUUCUUCACCUGAACUUUCACCUACCGAAUUGACCGUUGCUCCAAGUACAGCGAGGAAAGGUAAACCACCUACGAUACUCACCGGAUCUCCAGCAGCAGGAGGUAAUACGGGAAGCAAGUCACCUAAUACAUUUUCAUUCGAAUUUGAAUUACCUACCACUUCACCUCGAUCAGAUACCUUUGAUCCUACACCUCAACCACAACCUUCUUCGCCAUCUUCUGCCGCGCGAAGAACCAGUCAAUCACCGCCUCCCCCACCUUCCAGUCCUGGCCGAACCGGCCCACCUGCUUCGCCGCAUAUGUCCAGAUCGUUCAGUAAACGAUCGAGCCUGCUGCCUCCCAAGACCGCCAGUGCGCUGGAAGGUCUGAUCAAAGAGGAAGAUAAAGAGAAAUUGAGAUCAUUAGAUUCGCAUUCGUCUUCUUUGAGCGCUGGUACCAAGGAAGAAGAUAAAGGGUAUGAUAAGAGGUUGCAUGCUUAUGCUAUUAGGAUGUUGGCUGAGUUGGAAGAUGCUCAGAAGGAGUACGACGAGUGGUGGUCUGAUGGAGGGGUUGGAAAGAUGGAUGGAGCACCGCCUAGAUUGACAGUAGCUUGGCCUUUCCAUGAUGGAGAGGAUUAA